GUGCGCAGAAUAAUCCGGAACUCCGGAUCGAAAUAUUUUAAUUUUAGUCUUCAACGACCAUUUCUAGUUUUGAGUUGGGCCAUUUGUGCCAUAAAUUUUAGACCAAGGAAGCAUCUAGCAGUUAUACGUUACUGAUUAGAUUCCAGUUUUUAAUUCAGAUGAAGAUUGAUUGAACUCCAGUUGAGGUCCAAUCAAGAAAUGCUGGAUGAGGUGGAGUAUGAUCUUUAAGUUUGGCUUGACAGUCAUUGUCCUGGUCUCUGUGUGCAUGUUCUACCUGAUCCACCACCAGUCUGAUGAUUCAGUACACGAGCCGCCCUCAGAAGAUGACACAAGUGUCGGAAACCAGUCAGAAGAAAUCCAAGAGAUUAGUGCAGAGGAAAAGCUGCGUCGCGCUGAACUAGAAAAGAAAGAGAGAAGAUGGAGAGAGAGUAUCCAUCUUGCUGUUGUUGUAUGUGGUGACCGUGGCAACGAGUCCAUCAUCCUUAUCAAGUCUGCCAUCCUCUUCACCAAAUCUUUCAUCAUCAUCCACAUCUUUUCUGAGCAGGAGUUGCAUUCCUCGCUUCAACAACAGAUAGCAUCCUGGCCAAGAGUCAUCAGUGAGAAAUUUGAAUAUCACUUGUAUGAUAUCAGUUACCCCGACUCAAACAAUGAAUGGAAAAUGUUGUUUAAACCAUGUGCCUCCCAGCGAUUAUUUAUUCCUUCACUCUUAACCAAUGUGGAUUCUGUGCUGUAUGUUGACACAGACAUUUUAUUUCUGUCUCCGCUGGAGGAAAUCUGGUUCCAUUUUACCCGGUUCAAUAACACCCAGCUGAUUGCUCUGGCUCCAGAGAGUGAGGACAGACAAACUGGCUGGUACAAUAGAUUUGCCAGACACCCAUAUUAUGGGGAGCUAGGGGUCAAUUCUGGCGUGAUGCUGAUGAAUUUAACAAGACUUAGAAAUUCCACGUGGCUUCCAUCAGUAAUGAAAUACUACAGAGAGUACAAAUUGAAAAUAACCUGGGGCGAUCAGGACCUAAUCAACAUUUACUUUCACUUUCACCCUGAUGAGCUUUACAUUUACCCAUGUGAAUGGAAUUACAGACCUGAUCAUUGUAUGUAUACGAGUGUAUGUAAAGGAGCAGAUCGAAGUGGUGCUUAUAUACUUCAUGGCAAUCGACGCGCCAUGCAGAAUGAUAAACAGCCAGCAUUUAAGGCUGUUUAUACAGCAUUUAAAGAAUAUGAAUUCCUUCAGAAAAUGAAAACGUCUUUACUUCCAACGCUUUUGAAGUAUCUGGAGACGGCAUCAAAGACUCCAUGUGGAACUGUCAAACAUAUAUUUUCAAAAAGAGUUACCCAGUUUAUAAACCAUGCCGAUCAAUAGACAGUUAUUGCUAGUAAACAAAUUAUGAUUUCUGUCCUCCCUCUAAACAAUGUAUUACUGUGAUAGACUGGAAAGAAGAUUGUGUUUUAUAAAAAGUUUUAUGCAUUUGAUAAACUCUUGCAUGUUUUUUUUUUUUAUUAAGAACGGUGAUCAUGUUCCUAUUAGUGUAUUCUAUUAAAAAAAAACAUAUUUUACUUGUAAAUCAUGAAAUGAUAUAUUAAAGAAAACACAGAAAUAAUACAAAAUAUACACGUAAUUUUUUUUUUAUUUUUAUGGUUCAUCAUCAGUGUAUUCUAUGAACAAACAUUUAUUACUUGUAAAUCAUGAAAUGGUUUAUUAAAAGAUAAGAUAAAAACAUA